AUUUGUCUGUUUGGUGUAUUGAACAUGGAGGCAAUCGUUGCCGUAAUCUUAAAUUCCAUAAUCUCGUGUUAAAAACCUUAUUAGAAUUAUUCUCUGAAAGAGGUGCCAAAUUAGAAGUUUUUUACAUGAAAAACGUAUAUAGAAGUGCGUUUCCUUCAUAUCACACAGAAUUAAAACAUCUUGAUUUUAGUGUGUUAACAUCUGUUAACGUUAAAGAAAUGUUUGUGAAUUGCAAAAAAAUGAGGUUAGAAGGAGAUGUACUAGCGCUUGAUAAUCUUAUAAACAUUUUUACAACAAUUUGUAAUAAUAUCGAACAUUUAACACUCGAUUCUCCGAAUAUAGAACCCAAAGUUUUACAAAAUGGAACUAAAAAUUUUUUGAAUCCAAAAUCAGAUUCAUUUUUAUCUAAUGAAAUAGAUAGAAAGGAAGUUCUUUCCAAAAUUUUAUCAAAAUGUAAUCGACCUAGUGCAAUUGCCAGUUUAAUUGUUUCUCAACGCAAACUUAGGACUUUGGUUCUAAUUAAUCAGUUCUCAAUGUAUUAUAUACCUUUUCAUUACACAAUCCAGUUUGUAUAA